AUGGGUGAAGUUAUAAAAUCAGAUAUCGAAGCUCUCACGGCAGCGUUUACCGCUGCCAUCAACACUAUGAACAAUCGGAUGGACCAGCAGAUUGGAGAAAUUCGUGGGUUGUUGGGAGAGAGAAACAACAACAACAACAACAACGAUCGAAAUAGAGGCAGGGAUGGAGGCCAGCGAGUUAGGACUCCACGUAGAGAGGUUGUUGUUCGUACUUCAGAAUCUGAGUCUGAAGAAGAGAUGGUGCAAUAUGAACCACAAGGACAAGCUGACCAAGAUUACAAAGUCAAGGCCGAAAUUCCUUUCUUUUCGGGCAACUUGGGUGUAGAAGAUUAUCUAGAUUGGCAGCUUCAGGUGGACAGGUUCUUUGAGAUCAUGGAAGUUCCUGAACACAAGCAGGUUAAGCAUGUUGCAUGGAGAUUGAAGAGUACUGCUGCAGUUUGGUGGGAUAAAUUGCAGAACACUCGAAAGAAACAAAGGAAGCAGGGUGUUAAAACAUGGCGAAGAAUGAAGCAGCUGAUGAUGGAGAGGUUCUUGCUGGACGAUUAUGAGCAGAUUUUGUACAGGUUGUAUAUUGAAUGUGUCCAGGGAACUAGGACAGUGGCUGAUUACACCGCUGAGUUCUUACACUACUCAGAGCAUAAUGAAUUAGGAGAAACUGAAGGCCAUAAGGUGGCUCGCUAUGUCAGUGGACUGAAGCCUUCCAUUCAGGAGAAAAUCGGGUUGCAAACUGUUCAUACUAUGGCAGAAGCUUCAAACCUAGCAUUUAAGGCAGAGUUGUUAGAGAAGCCUUCACGAGCUUCUUCUUUCCAGAGAUAUAACUACCAAAGGAGCACAGAUUUAGUAAACGCUUCAACUGACAAGGGUAAAACCACACUGCAGAAAACAGAAGGUGCUUUUAGGGCUUCCAAUCCUCCUUUUAAAGGGGUUGGCAGUUCUAGUGGUGCUCAAAAUAGAGCCCCGAAUCAGAGGUUUAAUAAUCCUUAUGCUAGACCUACAGGAGAUGUCUGUUAUCGAUGCAACAAACCUGGGCAUAGAUCUAAUGUGUGUCCAGACAGGAGACAAACUGCUCUUAUAGGUGAGUAUGAUGAAGAUGAAGAAGAAGGAGGAAGAGGUGACAAUUAUGAUGGGGCUGAGUUCGCGGAGGAGGAGUCUCUUGAAAAAGUUAAUAUUGUGUUGCAGCGGGUCUUAUUAUGUCCCAAAGAAGAUGGGCAGCGACGCAAUAUUUUCAGGUCAUUUUGUUCCGUCAAUAACAAGGUGUGCAACUUGAUUGUGGAUAAUGGGAGCUGCGAAAACUUUGUAGCCAAGAAACUGGUGGAAUACUUGCAGUUACCUACGCAGCCUCAUGAAGCACCUUAUUCCCUUGGCUGGGUCAAGAAAGGUCCACAAGUUCGAGUUACUGAUUCUUGCAAAGUACCGGUCUCCAUUGGCAAAGAUAAUGUGAUGAUGUUUAUGUGGGACGGCCAUAAAAUUGCUAUGGCUCCCGUGUGUCAAUUUGAAAAAUCUGGUGGAAAGAAAGGGGAGAGUUUCCUGACCCUGUCUAAUAGUGAAUUUGAGAUGGAGGAGGCCUUUAGAGAAACUGAAGUCUUCUGCCCAGUAGUGAUAAAGGGGUUGUUGGCUGCAGAAAAGGAAGAUGUGGUGAUCCCUAAAGAAGUGCAGAAGUUGUUGGUAGAUUUUGAAGAGUUGAUUUCAGAUGAGUUGCCCAACGAACUACCACCUAUGAGAGACAUCCAACAUCAGAUUGAUUUGGUUCCUGGAGCUAGUUUGCCAAAUCUACCACAUUACCGAAUGAGUCCCAAGGAGAAUGAGAUUUUGAGGGAGCAGAUUGAAAGACUUGUUGAAAAAGGGGUUCAUUCGUGA